AUGGAGCUUUCAAACAGCUCCCACUUCAAGCUUUCAGCAACAUCCUGCGGCGCCUGCGCCGUCCACUUCGACAACGCCGAAACUCGCCGCGCCCACUCCAAAAGCCAAUGGCACGUCACGAACCUCAAGCGCCGCAUCGCUGAGCUGGACCCUCUGACCGCGGACCAGCACGCAGCUCUCUCCAAACCCCCCACCGCGCCGGUCGAUGGAUCCACAGCCGAGUCCGAAUCGGAGAAUUCCUCAUCCUCUGUUUCUGACGCCGAAAUCAGCGAUGCUGACCCCGAUGACGACUUCGUUCCCGAAAAAUGUCUGUUUUGCAAUGCCACUUCGGGGUCGUUUGACGGUAACGUUGCGCACAUGGGCAAGGCGCACGGCAUGUUCAUUCCCGGCCAGGAGAAGCUAAUCGUCGACCUCGAGACCCUGGUUCGGUAUCUCCACCUCGUCGUCUUUGGGUACCAAGAGUGCCUUCAGUGCGGUACGCAGCGACGAACCGCUUCUGCCGUGCAGCAGCACAUGCUGGGGAAGGGCCACUGCAAGUUUGACAUCACGGCCGAAGACUCUGAAUUCAAGGACUUUUAUGAGGACUUGACAGAGGAUGGGGACGGCGAAACGCAAGUACAAGAGGACGAUAUGAAGAAAGCCAUAUCCGAUGCCGUCGAAGAAGGCGGCUCCAUCCGCCUCCCGUCUGGCAAAACACUCUCCCACCGCUCAACGCCAGCUCCAUCCCGACAGCGGGCGAAAGCCAAAACUGCCGCCGACUCUGGUUCGGACAAUCUUCUCACAGCGGGCCCGAACUUCGACGAGUCCGACGCAAGUUUCCGACUGACAGCGCCGUCCGCCUCAGGGAAACAGCAAGUGGACACCAAGGCCCUUACCCGCUCAGAGAAGCGCGACGCCGUUUUCGAAACCCAGCUCUCACGCUUGAGUCUGAAUGAUCGCGCGGCUUUGGCUCACCUCCCGUCCGCGGAGCAGCGGAACGUGCUGUUGACGCAGAAGAAGCAGUUGGACAAGGCGGAGAAGGCUGUGAGGAGGCUGCAGACGAGAUUGGAGAUGAAGGCGAACAAGACUGGGCAGGGGAACUUUGUGAACGACGUGCCUGGACGACAGAAUGGUUGA